AUUAAAUCUGGUUUAACAAUUUGCAAUUUGAAAGAUAUUUUUCGUACAUGUACAAUUUCGCGAAAAAAAAGAUUAAGUAAGACUAAGAUUAAAUAAAAUUAAAAGAUUAAAAAAUAUUAAGUAUUAAUUAUGCAUUCUUAAUUUCCAGGAGAUUAUAUUCCUCUAAAUGUUAUUACACAAUUAUACUAACAUUUUAAGUUAAAUAUAUUUAUCAUCAUUUCUCGCGAGAAAUUACUCUAAUACCCGUCAAAAGUAUUACAUUUGUACCACAUAUUAGGUAACAAAUAAUAAUAAAAGUAACUUCUUUUCUAAUUUACAGGGAAGAAGAUAUUAAUUUCGAUAAAAAUUUAGAAUUUCGUAUUACACAUUUAGAUUAUGAUGGUCGAAAAAUUAAUGUUGCAAAGUUGGUAUCAUACGAGGUAGCACGUCAAUUGUUUCUUCAUUGUUUAUAUCAAGAAUAUAAACCAUGACUUAUGGAUAAAGGAGAUGCUCGCAUCAUACUAUGGUUUCUCUGCUGUAGACGAGGUAGUAUUUUUUAUCUGCUAAUACAUUAGCAUCAGCGAAACUAAUUGCUUAUGUAAUGAAAAAACGUAAUGAAUACCAUAACACAAUAAUCUAAUGUUUGGAUCACAUCAUGAGUAAUCAUGAUAGAGCUUAUUCAUACUGUUAUUUCAAAACGAAUAUCAAACAAUACGACAUGAAUUAUCUGUGGCAAGAAUCGAAUGCGACGGUAGCACUCGAAUACGCGCACACAGUAGCAUUUCAUACCACAUUACAAUUUAAAUAGAUCAUAAACAUCGGUUUGUUUGAAAUCAUAAAUAAAAUUGACCAUAUCGUACUCCCAACUGGCCCGAUGAAGUCCGCGGGGUGACUUGGACUGAUUGCUUACAGGGAAAAAGAUGUUACGUACAAGGAAGGAGUAAAUUCUCCUGGAAAAAUGAUUGAUAUUGCGAAGUUAGUAUCAUAUGAAAUAUCACGUCAAUUGUUUGUCGGUAUAAUGAACUCACAUUUGAACAUGGACGAUAAGUGGUUCGAUGAAAUACUUGCGUACUUCUACAGUUUUUAUAUUGCAAACAAGAUAUGGUUGGGAAAAGAAAUGAUGAAACUGUUCUUAGUCCAGAAUCUACAGACUGCUUUAGAUAGUGACAUUUAUUUAGAAUUCGAACCUACUAUACAUAAAUCUAAGAACCAUUAUGGAAUUGAUGAAUUACUUUACCCUUUACUGUAUCACAAGAAAGAUAAGAGGGAGAGUUAAUAACUGCGGUUAAUCAAUUAUUCCAAAUUAUCUAAAUUUUAUAUGCAUUACGGUUUGAAUC